AUGCCUCGGAAGGGGAGACGCUCCCAGGCCCAGAAGCAGCGCUGGAGGAAGCCGGACGCGUCAGAGAUGCCCACCCCUCCUGUCGACGCACCCCACUGCUCACGCUCUCCCCAGUACAAGGUUGGUUCCACCCUGGCACGAGCCGGACAGGUUCUGGGAAGAGCGGGCAGGGGCGCGGUGCAAACUUUAUUGGCACGCCGUGGCACCGGUUACCGCCACAAGGUUAAAAAAUGGCCAACUUCACCCUUUACUGGGCGCGACCACAAGUUGGUCAUUCCUCCUAAGCUACCUGGAAAGAAGUUCAUUCUUCUUGUCGGGGACUCCCAUCUACGUGCUCUUGUAGAUGGCUUUAUUCGGAUGCCAGAGUCUCGGCUGAGCUUUGGCUUCCUGUCGACUCCGGGGGCCUCUGCUGCGGAAAUUCGCACUGAGGUUCUGCAUGCUGCAGUUCCUCGUGCGCCUGAUGCAGUCUGCGUCAUGGCCCCUGGCAAUAACCUGACCAGCACCACUGUGGAGAGGGCAGGGGUGGACUUUGCCAAUCUCCUCACCACUUGUGGCAACCGCUGGUCCAAGGUUUUUGUGGUCGACUUUCCUCCCCGCCUGGUUGUUGACGUCCAACACCAGGACCUGCUUCGGCAGGAAUACCGUCGUGUGGCUGCUCGUAUGGGUGUGAAGUUCUUCAACGCUGUGGAGCACUUCCCCCUGAGCAAUUUGGUGCUGUGGAGCAAGGAUGGUGUCCAUCUGAGUGAUCGUGAGGGAUGGGAUCCUCGUCCACCUCCAAUUCGGAAAGCUACACCCGAAUUGGUUGUGAGAGAGGAGAUCCCCUGCUCCACCCAGCCGAAACCCCGUGAGCGGAGGAAAAUGGGUCAGGGCGGCAAGACGAGCCAUCCUCGGGAACCUCCCCGGUCCAGAGGUUCACCAAAGCCCAGGAUGGCUCAACAGCAGGUGGAGGAGAGCUUUCUUCCGCUGAACCCCGUCUGGGUCAGCAUCACAGCCCUAAGUGCCAUGGAGAAAGUGUCUCCCUCCAAUAUGUCUUGCCUGGCGGACUUCAAGGCGUCUCCUAAGCCAAAGAAGGUGGCGUCCCCUGCAGUUCUGCGCGGCUGCCCGCGGAACACUACUCCUCCUUCUGCUUCUUCUCCAGUGAACAAGAGGAAGACGCCCCUUCAGGCUGACCACCGCAACUCAAGGCGGUAA